AUGCUGCGGCGCUGCCCGCAUUCUCUCCUUAGGACCCGUGCUCUGACCUCUUUUUUGCGCCAUGAAUCGACACUAGCCGCCUCAACUACAUCAAAUACCCAUUUCGACUCCUCACUCCCUCCAGUCUCAAUCUCGCCAGACAAAGUCGUGUACCGAGGCCCACUCACCAAUACCUUCCGUCGCCUCAAGAUCUUCUCCCUUUCCUCACUCUCCUUAUGCACUACUAUGGUUCCCUUAAUGUUUGCCAUCGAGACCAACUUGCCUGUCACUGCGCGUGCUUUUCUCGCCACAACGGCGGUCAGCACGUCUGCGGUCAGCACCUCUCUGAUUGGCUGGGCAGGCCGGAGCUAUGUCACGAAACUCAGCGUCACCAAGAACCCUGAGACAGACCGUGUGCAGGAGAUCGAGGCUACCACAUUAACACUCAGGUUAAAACCGCGUAUAACACGGAUAUAUGACCCGACAUUCGUUGUCCGUUCAUCGCGUCCGUUUGCGAAAUGGGAAUUGGCAGACCUCGUCGUCAUCCCGCCCGACAUGCAGAGCGCCAACACAAGUGCAGGCCAGGAAGAAACCGUCGCCGAGACGCGGGACGCGUCAGGCAAUAUCCUCGGGCGAUGGAUUGUUCGUUGGGGAGAAAACGGAGAGGGAAAUUGUCGCGAGGAGGGCAGUGUGAUGAGGCAUUUCAACGUUCAUGAGGAGCUUCUACCCCAGAUUGUCGCGGAAGAUGUUGCACCCGGGUCGGAGACUUGA